UACAUCGUCUGGUAACAACAACAGUCAGAUGUGCCGAGGAAGUACUGUAUGGUAACAAGCUAUGAAAGGUUAUUCCAUAGGGACUGGGUGAGCCAACAUGCAGAGUUUGGUGGUACAGGCACUUGCCAUGAGGCAGCUGGGAAGGUUGAACCCCCGCCAUCUUCUGGCUGCUGGAUAUGGACUGGGGCAGACUGAAUGGUGUCCCAGGACCAUCCACACACGCCAGCUGUGGGGCUGCUCGGCUUACCCCGCCCUUGGCUGUCACAGGCCUGCUCACCGUGGCAGAGAUGCUGUCAGGGGUUGGUCUGUUCAUCAUCUGAGGUUUAAAAGCAACAAGAAGAAAGGUGCUGCUAGGACGACACAGGCGGAUGAGGAGGAAGAUGAGGAGGAGGAGGAGGAUAAAAAAGACCCUGAGGACAGUGAUUAUGAAGAUAUUGUGGAUGAGAACCCAAAUCUACCAAAGGACUAUAAAGACAUGGAGAAAUAUGUGCAGUCUUUUCGCUAUGAUGUCAUCAUGAAAGCUGGCCUGGAGUUGGCACGCAAUAAAAUUGAAGAUGCCUUCUAUAACAACAAGCUCAGGCUAAAUGGACAGAAACUCAUUAAGAAAAGUAAAACGGUAAAAGUUGGGGACACCUUGGACCUGGUACUGUCUGAAAACCGAGACAAAAACACUGUUACUCUGAUGAGAGUCAUCCUCAAAAGGGUUUUUGGUGAAUCCAGUAACACCGAAAAGUACAAAGUUGCCAUAAGGCGCUGGAAAUGUAUAGAGCUUUCCAAAGAUGAGGCCUUUAAACCAUGAACAUGAAUAAGACCGUGUUGACGGCAGUACCAUCUGCCAGUGAAGGCGACAAUAGCUGCAGAAAACGAAUGCUGUAAAAUGAGUGGCGUUUGAAUGGUCUCCAAAAAGUUGGAUUGCGUAUGUUUUUUUCCAAGCAGUGAUGUUUCUGUAACAGUUUUCAGUUGUUUUAUUACAUUACAGGGAUGGAUUGGACGUUUUGAAGUGGGGUUGUAUGAGGUAUUUAUCCAUAGUGUACUACCUAGUUUGGAGAAGCGGGCAGGAGCACUGACACCGAAGCAAAGCAAUGUAAUGUACUGCUGUGGACAGCAAAAACAUAUUUAGCCUACAAAAAAGUAGUUUAGUUUUAGUCUUAUAUUUUCACUAUUUUACCUUGCCGUCAGACAGGCUAUUCUUUGGCACUGCUGCACUGCAUUUUCUCACAUUUCCAUACAUUGUUCUGCUGCUCCAAGCACUAUAUUAUGCCGCAGAUCAGCUGUUUGGAUCAAACUUUCAGCGGUUUUUGGAAGACAACAAAUACAAGAAAAUAAAAAUGAGUUGAUUAUGAUAGCAACAACAAAAAAGCCUUUCUGUUUGGAGAGAAGAGAAAACCUUUGAGCCAGAGUAUAGUAUAAUAGUAGAUUUUGAAGAGGGAGAUUGAACGGUUGAGAGAGAUAGAGAGAGGGAAAGUUUGGUGGAAAUGAAAUCUAAUACAGUAUACUGACUAUGGAUAAGUACCUCAUAAAAUCCCACUUCAAAAUAUCCAAACUAUCGCUCUAAGCAGUUGGGAGGAAGAUUUUUAAUGUUUACCUUUCCCCUUCACACUGAGACUCCCCCAAUAAAAGGUACACGCACAAGUUGAUCAUGUCCCAAAAAUUUGGCUGAUAAAGGGCACAUGGCAUUUUCUUGCAAGUUUAAGUUUUCAUCUGAAUAAUUAACUUUGUGGUAUGUUUGCCUAUUCCAAAGUAACUUAUUUGAUUUUUCACAAACUAUAUUAUAAUGGUAAGAACUAGUAUUGCUUACUUGUGUUGUACAGAACUUGUUGGGGAGUGUUCAGGUGUCACUCCUCAAGGUGUCAUUAUCCAAUAAAUUCAAGUUAGAUACUUCAUCUGAAACAAUUUAGUGCUAAUGUAUCAAACAGUCCAAUCAUAAGUCGUACUUAUACUGGUGAUUUUAUUAGAAAUAGGUUAUCAUGAUCCAUUGUCAUGUUUAAUUGUCUUUACAAUAUAAAGUUCUAUAAGAAGGCUUAACAUAAGCACAUUGUUAUUAAAACAGUGGUGGCACAAUGCUACAUCAGUAACUGAAAUGGAAAUAUAUCACAUCCUUGUGAUUGGGAUUCACUUUCAUCCAUAGAGCAAAUAUGUCAUCUAUGCUAUUAGCUACUAUCAUUGUUAUGUUUUUUUUUAAGGCUACAACAUUAUAAACAAAGUAUGUUAGAUAAACUACAACAGUUUUUGCUUAUAAAUAGAAGCAGUUUUAACUAUAUCCAACAUUAAUAAGACUACAUAAACUACAACAUCUACUGCUGUAGUCAAAAGGUAAAAUAUGACUUAAGAGUAUAGAAGAAAAAAAAACAGCGUGGCUUCAUCCUACAUAGGACAGUUUGAAAAAAUGCAGUUUCAGCUUAUAUACUGUGCACAGUGUUUCCUCUGUUGAUUUUGUAGUGGCAGCCCGCUGUGGCGAAAUGUCUGCCGCCACGGUAUCACAAAUAGGAAAGACGCAAAAUGUAGUCGCGGUUGCCUUUUAAAUGAUCCUGCCGACAUAAUGCACCCCCGGUUGGCUGCUUCUCACAUUGCAAUU